AUGGACAGAGGGAGUGUAUUGAGAGAAAUACCUGGGAGAUGGCUAUCUGGUCGUGACGGUGGCGCUGUGUUGGUGACGGUGGCCUCUGAUAAAAUUCGGGUGCUAAAAUUGGAUCCAGCCUCUCAAUGCUACUUCCCUCAACAUCCAUAUAACACACCCUUCAUUCCUCCCAUACAUGCCUUCUAUAAGCAGCCUUGGGCCUGUCCAAGGUGGUUUGGCAUGGCAAACCCUCAAAAUAUGAAGGCCUUAGGCUGCUUUUUCCUCCUCCCUUUCCUGUUGUUCUCUUCCUUUUCAUCUUCUUCCUUGGCUUUAACUGAUGCCGAGGCGUCUUAUAUUGCUCGUCGCCAGCUCCUAACCCUUCCGGAGAACGGUGAUCUUCCUGAUGAUUUUGAAUAUGAGGUCAAUGUUGUUGUCACUUUUGCAAAUCCAAGGCUGAAGAGAGCUUACAUUGCUCUCCAGGCAUGGAAAAAAGCAAUCUACUCUGACCCUCUUGAUAUGACUAGCAAUUGGGUUGGUGCCAAUGUUUGUGCUUACACUGGUGUUUUCUGUGCUCCGGCACUUGAUGACCCUGGAUUGAGCGUUGUUGCUGGUAUUGAUCUUAACCAUGGUGAUAUUGCUGGCUACCUUCCUGUUGAGCUAGGACUCUUGACGGAUAUAAGUCUUUUCCACAUCAACUCUAAUCGGUUUUGUGGGAUUAUCCCAAAGAGUAUGUCGAAGUUACAACUUUUGCACGAGUUUGAUGUUAGCAACAAUCGCUUUGUUGGUUCAUUCCCAGAGGUUGUUCUAGGAUUACCAGCCCUCAAGUACCUUGAUUUGAGGUUUAAUGACUUUGAAGGGCCAUUGCCUCCAGAAUUAUUCAAUAAGGAGCUUGAUGCCUUGUUCUUGAAUGAUAACCGAUUCCAUUCCCACAUCCCAGAAAAUCUAGGCAAUUCGCCAGUUUCAGUCGUGGUGGUGGCCAAUAACAAAUUGAGUGGUUGCAUUCCAAAGAGCAUUGGUAAUAUGGCAAACACGUUGGAGGAGAUCAUUCUCGCAAACAAUGAAUUCUCCGGUUGCUUGCCAGAAGAGAUUGGGUUGCUAUCAAAGGUGGCAGUCUUUGACGUCAGUGGGAACAAGUUCAUUGGGACUUUGCCAAUUGGCUUAGGCCGAAUGGAGAAGGUUGAGCGGUUUGACAUUGCACACAACGCAUUGAGAGGACAAGUUCCUGCUAGCAUUUGCAGCUUGCCAAACUUGAUGAAUUUCACAUUCUCUUACAACUAUUUUAAGAGCGUGGAUUCUAUGUGCGUACCUAUGGAGAGCCGAGCAAUGGAUGACGCAAACAAUUGUUUGGCAGAUAGGCCUAACCAAAAAUCUCAGGAGAUUUGUCGAUCUGAGUUGAGCCGACCAGUUAAUUGCAGUUCAGUAGGAUGCAGACCAUCAAAACCGGGCCAAGGCGGCCCCUAUCGGGAUCCAGUUGCUGAAACUCCCACACCACAACCCAAGCCUAAUCUACCAAAACCAAAACACCAAGUUCCACCAAGUCCUAAAGAAACCCCAUCUAAUCCACAACAUAAGCCUAAACCUGAGCCGGUUUCCCCUCCUCCUACACACAAACCAACACCAAAACCAUCUCCAUUGCCACCAGUGAAUCCUUCUUCCCCUCCAGCACCAACAAAACCACAGCCUAAACCUUCACCAACGCCUAAAUCGACUCGAUCAUCACCAGUUUCCCAUCCUACCGCAUCACCAAAACCAUCUCCAUUGUCACCGGUGAAUCCUUCCUCCCCUCCAUCACCAACAAAACCACAACCUAAACCUUCACCAACGCCUAAAUCAACUCCAGUGUCACCGGUUUCCCAUCCUACCGCAUCACCAAAACCAGCACCAAUCCCAAAACCCACCCCAAAAUCAGUUCCAUCAACACCAAUGUCCCAUCCCACUCCAUUGCCAAAACCAGCACCAACCCCAAAAUCAAUUGCCCCUAAGAUUUCUCAUCCAGCCCCAUCUGCAACAAGUCCCAAACCAAAGUCACCUCUGUCACCAAUUGCCACCCCGUCAAGUCCUCCACACCCACCAAAGGAUUUUGUUUCACAUUCUACUCCAAAGCCACCAACCACAAUUCCAUCAAGCUCCCCAUCAAAAUCUUCACCUCGUUUGCCGCCACCAAAGAGCUCUAUCCCAGUUCCCGUUUCAGAGACACCAAGACCUGCCCCAAAGUUGUCUUUUGUUCCAGCUCCAACACCAAUUUCAACACCUGCACCAGUGAAACAAACUCCACCACCUACAAAGGCCACCCCGUCACCCACACCACCGGUUCAAUCCCCACCACCUCCAAAGGAAUCUAAGCCAUCUUCAGUGCCCUCACCAAAACCAUCUAAACCAACUCCAGCUCCAGUUUCAGCACCUGCACCAAAUCCAAUUCAUAAGCCCGUGAAACCAACUCCGCCACCUAUCAAGACCACCCCACCCUUACCACCGGUUCAAUCCCCACCACCUCCAAAGCAUUCCCACCCAUCUCCAGUGCCCUCACCAAAACCUGUUAAGCCAACUCCAGCUCCAAUUUCAACACCUGCACCAGCGUCCACGCCAGUGAAACCAACUCCAUCACCUACCAAGUUUAUCCCAUCGCAUCCAUCUCUGGUUCCAUCCCCACCAUCUCCACCACCACAAGUUCAUUCCCUUCCACCACCUAUUAGCUCACCUCCACCACCAGUUUCCUCCCCACCACCUCCAGUUCAUUCCCCACCACCACCACCAGUUCAUUCCCCUCCACCACCGGUUCAUUCCCCUCCAACACCUAUUCGGUCGCCCCCACCGCCACCUGUCCACUCUCCACCACCACCGCCAGUCUACUCACCUCCACGACCGGUCCUUUCCCCACCGCCACCAAGUCCAGUUCCCUCACCACCACCACCUGUCUUCUCUCCACCACCACCGGCACCGGUUUUAUCUCCCCCUCCUGUCCUUUCUCCCCCACCACAAACUUACGACAACGUGAUCCUCCCACCGACGUUGGGCUUCCAAUACUUAUCCCCGCCACCACCAAUGUUCCCAGGCUACUGA